AUGUCCCCAACCUCGAGCAAGCCCUGGUGCUCCUCCAGCCCCGGCGGCCGCCUCAUCCUCGAGCUCCGCCCCCUCGCGAGCUCGUCUGCGCUUCAGCGCGCCGCAUCCGCACCCCUGCCUCCUCUUUCCGGCGUCGCCAAGGACCACGUCGCUCAGGUCCGCGCGCCCGUCGGCCUCGCCUCCUUCUCCUCGCAGACGAUCCCGUCGCCAAGUUCUGUGACCCUUCCACCUCUCUCUCUGCCUGUGCCCCGCUCGACCCCGACGCUCCCCAUCGCUGCUCUCUCCCCCAUCGCCUCCUCCUCCCCUUUCCCUUGUCCUCUCGCGCUCAGGGCCGCCCUGUCCCCAACCUCGAGCAAGCCCUGGUGCUCCUCCAGCCCCGACGGCCGCCUCAUCCUCGAGCUCCGCCCCCUCGCGAGCUCGUCUGCGCUUCAGCGCGCCGCAUGCGCACCCCUGCCUCCUCUUUCCGGCGUCGCCAAGGACCACGUCGCUCAGGUCCGCGUGCCCGUCGGCCUCGCCUCCUUCUCCUCGCAGACGAUCCCGUCGCCAAGUUCUGCGACCCUUCCACCUCUCUCUCUGCCUGUGCUCCGCUCGACCCCGACGCUCCCCAUCGCUGCUCUCUCCCCCAUCGCCUCCUCCUCCCCUUUCCCUCGUCCUCUCGCGCUCAGGGCCGCCCUGUCCCCAACCUCGAGCAAGCCCUGGUGCUCCUCCAGCCCCGGCGGCCGCCUCAUCCUCGAGCUCCGCCCCCUCGCGAGCUCAUCUGCGCUUCAGCGCGCCGCAUCCGCACCCCUGCCUCCUCUUUCCGGCGUCGCCAAGGACCACGUCGCUCAGGUCCGCGCGCCCGUCGGCCUCGCCUCCUUCUCCUCGCAGACGAUCCCGUCGCCAAGUUCUGUGGCGCCGCCCGCACCCGCGUCGCCCUGCUCUGCGCGACCUGGCACCGUUCCCCUCUCCAUCUCGCACCACCAGGAGCCACGGCGCCUAAGGCCGCCGUCCCGAGCUUCCCUACAACGCCUGCACCGACCCCCGCUGCCGCCUUCAAGUUCUGCGUGA